AUGUCACAAGGCAAGGAGGAAGGAAAAAUAGAACCUAUAAAUCCUUCCAAUCAUCUUAAACCAGACACUAUCUGGCACACAGGAGUAGGACCGCGCGAGGAUCCCUCCCAGGACUACGACGACGAGCGGUACCCCGCGAAGAAACGGCGCGUCAGCUGCGGGAUAGAGAUAGUGAAAUGUAAUAUUUGUGGGUACCACUUUGAUAGUCCGGCUCAGCUGUCUGAUCAUUUGAUACACCAUGAUUCAGAUUACAGAUUCAACCCCAUUUACAAAUGCUCCUACGGACAGUGCAUGUUCCGAACUGACGACAGACCGCUAAUGAAGCACCACAUAUCACGUGUUCACCUCAAAUCAGACCAAGCCCUUAUCAGUAAGAAGUACAGAAACAGGAAGUUCUUGAGACCCACUAUCCUCUGUAGUACCUGUCCUAUGGUUCUUAUUAUCUGUAGUACCUGUCCUAUGGUAUUUGCUACAGAAUCAGAGUUGUGGCAACACACACCAAACUGUAAGGAAUACAGAUGCCAGUUCUGCGGGCAACACUUCUGGACCAUUGAAAAAAGGUAUUCGCACGAGUUAGCGUACCACGAAGACGAGUUCGAGUAUGAUGAGGAGGAAGAAGAAGAUAAACAAGAGGGGGCGGGAGAAACAGAAGAUAGUGCUGAAACGGAGCAUUCUGAAGAAACAGAACAGAGCACUGAACCAAGUGAGCUGCCAGAGCUGAAAGUAAAGGAGGAGCUGAUAACAAAGCAGAUAACAAAGCAGAUAACAAAGCAGAUAACAGAGCAGAUAACAGAGCAGAUAAGAGGGGAAGAGUCUGCUGAGGGUAUUAAUCCUGUCUCUACACCGGAACCGUCAGAAAAAGUCGGAGGGGAAGAAACGGAGGAAACUUCUGAAAGGGAAACAGAAAAAGAGAUUGAAACUGAGAACACAGAGGUUGAGCUUAAUCAAUCUGAGGAUGGCCUUAAGAUCACGUGUGCUAACGAGGCCCAAUCGCAGAAAGAGAACUUGUGUGAAAAUUCAGAGAAUAUCCCAGACUCUGAUGUUGUCACUGAUCUAGGGGAUGGUUCCUAAAUUCCUAUCAUAGCGAUCCUAAUUCGUGAAAUAGCAAUACAGAGCUCAGAACCCAGUACAUCACAAAUAUUGUGGUGCUAAAUAAAUUGGAUUUUUGUGAAAUAAUUCAUUAAAGAUGUUCAGGAAUGCAAAAGUUUGUGCAUUGUGCAGUGAAAGGUCUACCAUGAUGAAGCAAAUAAAACAAAUACAUGUUCAGUUUUGUUUUGUUUACGUUGAGAUUAGUGAAAUGUUGAAUUAUGAACGGUCAUCUGGAUCUCUGUUUGAAACGUUCAUUUAUAUUGUCGAGCCUUUCAGCCUAUUAAAAUAACCUAUGUUACAGUCACAACUAGCUUAAUUCAAAUUACAUAUUUUUGAAACAGUACCGGAAUCAACACAGUCAAAAAAUUAAACUGUUGAAAUAUUUUCAGAGCAUUUUAUGCAUAUUUUAUGCAUAUUUUAUGCAUAUUUUAUGGUUAGUAUUUCAAUUUUUACUCUUUAUCUUGUAAGCAGUAUAUUUACGACUUGGUUGUUGGUAUAAUAAUUUAAUUACAAAAUUAUUUCUCUCGACUUUCCUAUUAUCUGCUUUCCACCGGUGACGGAAGUGUUUUUGGAAGUAUUUUGUUAACCGAUGAUGUUAAGAUACUUGUAUUGAUGAUAGGUUUAUUAGC